AUGGUGUCCAUACCAAAGAGUCAACCCAUCAAAAGCCUAAAAGAACUGUUGGCGUGGCAGCCUGGACAGGAUGAAUACAAUGUUGCGAAUACGCCCUUGCAUCUACGGCCUUCACCAACACUAUCAGCCAGCCCUUACUCUGAUUGUCGAGUUAUCGUAUGCCACGAUAUGGCUGGAGGAUAUGCGGAAGAUGCAUCACCACAGGGAAACAGUUACAGCACACUAUACAGCAUCCAAUACUGGAACCACGUUGACGUGUUCAUUUACUUUUCGCAUUCCCUGAUCACGAUCCCGCCUGUAGUAUGGACGAAUGCAGCGCAUAGAAAUGGCGUUCGUUGUUUAGGUACCAUCAUCACAGAAUGGUUACCUGGUGUCUUGGUGACCGAUGAAAUGGUCAGUGGGCCUGGUCAAGCGUUUGUAGACCAAGAAGGGAACGACAUAGUGGACCGUCGGUUUUUCAGCCGGGCCUAUGCAGACAAGUUGGUCCAGUUAGCAGUCUAUUUCAAGUUUGAUGGAUGGUUUAUCAACAUUGAAAGCAUUUUGAGAGGUGGAAACAAACAAGCUGAGCAGAUGUAUGCUUUUUUGGCUUAUCUGAGAAAACGACUUCAUGAGGCUAUCCCCAAUGGUGGAGAGUUGAUUUGGUAUGACAGUGUCAUUUCUUCGACAGGCGAAGUCGCUUGGCAAGACAAAUUGUCAUCGGAGAAUUACAGAUUCUUUGAACAGAGCGAUGGCAUUUUUACCAACUAUACGUGGAAGGAAGGCUAUGUGGCCGAAUCUGCUGCCUUGGCAGGCUCCCGGAAUAGAGAUGUUUAUACAGGAAUUGAUAUCUGGGGACGCAACACAUUCGGUGGUGGAGGAUACACAGCUUACAAAGCUCUGGAAGUAAUUCAACGAGACAAAACCUCAUGUGCUUUAUUUGCACCAGCCUGGACCUAUGAGUUCCUCGAUAAAAAGGACUUUCUGACUAACGAUCGACUUUUCUGGACUGGCUUUCAUGGGGAUAAGGAUAAUAAGGCGUUCCUGCCAAUCUCUGCCUACAUCCCAGCAAGACCCUCCGGAUGUUCGAGCUGGUUCUAUUCCAACUUUGAUCGAGGUUUUGGACAUGGUUUCUGGGUCAACGGCAAGGUGAGAAUCUAA